CAGGAGCGCCCCAGUGCGCACAUUUUCCACGUGGAUGCCCCGGGACUGCGUGACGAGGACAUUGACGUUUCUGUGCGCGACGACAACACGCUGGUGAUUCGCGGCGAGCGCCGCCGUCAAAGCGAUGAGGAGGACGAGGGACACCACUGGCGCCGGGUCGAACGCUCGUAUGGCAGCUUCACCCGCUCUUUCCGCCUGCCCGAUGACGCGGAUGUCAGUCACAUUGACGCCAACUACCGCCACGGCGAACUGAUUGUGAGCGUGCCAAAGAUGGACAAGCCCUAUUCUCGCUCGCGACGCAUCAACGUGCACGGU